AUGCCAGGGACAAAUUUGAUUGUGCCUGUAGUGUUGUGGGGUAAACAUGCACCGACACACUGCAUAUCUUCAGUUUACCUAUCAAGAGAUCAGAAGACUCUGGUCACAGGAUGUUAUGAUGGACAAAUAUGUUUAUGGCAAGUCAAUCCAGAUUCCCUGAAAAUGACUCCACGCUGUCUACUGGUUGGCCAUACAGCACCUGUAACUUGUCUAUCCAGGGCUUCAAUAGUACAGGAUAAUAACUUUAUAGUCAGCUCAUCAGAAGCUGGAGAAAUGUGCACUUGGGAUUUAGUUGAUGGCAAAUGUCGUGAGAGUGUUAAGCUGACACAAGUACAUACAAACAUACAGGCCUACCAUAUGUGCAACAGUGAAGACCUGCGUUUGUUUUGUAAUGGCUACUAUGCAGAGAUCUUGAUCAUGGAUCCGUUCUCUCUGGAAAUAUUAUUCUCCUUGAGCUCCAAAAUGAAUCCUGAUUGGAUAUCAGCACUGCAUGUACUGCGUCCGUCGUCGCGAAGGGACGACGUGGUACUAGCCAUAUCUAUCACAGGAACUGUUAAAGUAUGGUCUCUACUUGGCCACGAGAAUAAACAGUCGGAACCAAUAUAUGAAAAUGAGUCCAAGCAAAUUCGCUGCUUAAAUGCUCUAUCCCUGAACUGCUGUGCGUAUAAUCAGCGGACUGUGCUGAUUGUUUGUGCUAAAUACUGUCAGAUAUAUGAUGCUGGGGAUUUCUCGGUCCUAUGCUCAAUCCAAGCACCAUCUGGGGAACGUUGGAUGUCUGGCGACUUUUUGGCUCCGGACAGGGUUCUAGUCUGGUCCACUGAAGGAAAGGGAUACUUGUAUAAACUACCCGCAAAUUCAGUACCAGAUCAUAAAGGAUUCCACGGUCCUACUGUUGAACACGAUAGUCCUGUGUUAUACGGCAUUCUGGCACAUCCAGAUAAUAAGUUGCUCUCGUGUCCCCCGGCCAUGCGAUUCAUUCUUACCUCUGUGGGGGGAAAACAGCGAAGACUCCUAUUAAGGGGGGAUUCUGCUGGUGUAGUACUACUCUGGAACGUCGAUGACGCAGCCAUGCCUGUACCAAAUAAAGUCAUGUCUCGCGCACCAAUCGUGACCACCAGCUUGGAGAUGGCCUGGGCCGAGAUGAACCCAAGUCCCGUAGGAAUAUUGGAUCAGUUAAGCCACCCUGAUGAGCCUGAAAUCAAACUCACAGCCUCGAUAUAUCUAUUGGCCGCGAAUCGUUUGGUCGUCGGACGUGAAGAUGGAUCCAUAGUGAUAGUGAACGCGACGCACACGGUACAGUUACAACUGUUACACGGGAGUCAUCAGCAGCUGGAUGAUUGGCCUCCGCACCAGCUGUUGCUCGGGCACAACGGACGAGUCAACUGUCUACUUUAUCCUCAUCACGUUCAUCAAAGAUACGACAAGUCACACUUGGUGUCUGGCGGUAUAGAUUUCGCUGUCUGCCUCUGGGAUUUGUUUAGUGGAGCCCUGCUCCACCGCUUCUGCGUGCACGCAGGAGAAAUUACCCAGUUGAUUGUACCACCACAUAACUGUAGCCCUCGGAUUCAAAAGUGUAUCUGUGCGGUCGCUUCAGAUCACAGCGUUACUUUAUUAAGUCUUACGGAGCGGAAAUGCGUAACGUUGGCAUCUCGCCACCUGUUUCCGGUUGUCACUAUAAAAUGGCGCCCGGCAGACGAUUUCAUGGUGGUCGGAUGCAGUGACGGUACUGUUUACGUCUGGCAAAUGGAGACGGGGCAUUUGGAUAGAGUUUUACAUGGUAUGAUCGCCGAAGAGGUGUUAGCCGCUUGUGACGAAACUAUCGCUGACGAGCUGGGUGGUUCUCUAUCCACUGGCACCGACUUGCAGGGCAUAGCAAACCCUGCCGUGCAUUUCUUCAGGGGUCUCCGCCAUCGUAACUUGACGGCUAUGCGUGCUGCAACUCAACGCGGUCUUGCAGCCUUACAUGCCUCAGAACGGGGCUCCAGCGCUGGACCAUUAGCAGAACCAGCAAGGGCGAGACCCCCUCCUCUUACGAUUCAAGGAUUCCGAUCUAAUCCAGCUGAUCCCGAGAGUCACAUUUUGUUCUUCGAUAUCGAGGGUUUGAUAGUGGAGUUGCUCAGCGAAGAAUACUCCGCCAUGAGUCCAGCCAGUCUCGAGGCAGCCGGAUUGAUUACGAGCGAGUACAUGAAAGUGGCAGCACUGACGCAGUCGGCGAGUCCGGACGCGGCGAAAAAGAUAUCAGGUAUAUUAGCUAAAAUGAAAGAGGGCGCUGAAAACAUGCAGACAAAAAUCCAGGCGAAAGCCGAACAAAUUAAAAAUCAACUCGACAGCAAAGUCGUAACAGCUGUCCAUAGUAUUAAAACAUGGGACCGUUCUCAUGAGUCACACCACCCACACAAGGGUAUACGGAUCACUCCGAACUCAGUGGAAAUUUACGAGCAGCCAAACGACUUCUUGAUCUACAAGAACAUGAACCAUGCGCACGCGCAUAGGAAGUCGAAGAGGAGCGACGUAAACGACGAGGAGCGCUUGCAAAUUUUGGCCGAUCACCUGAGGGAGUUGUGGGAUAAAUUGCAAAGGGAUUGGCAGUUUUAUUAA